AUGAUAUCAAAUCGCAUAAGUCUUGAAAAAAUUUAUGAUCCUUUAUCAACUCCAGUCCCAGAAAAUCUGGAAAGACCAAUGAGUGCUUGCAUAUUUACAAAUUCAGAUCAAAAACCUCACCAUAGAUCACAAAAUUCAGAGCGAAGAUACACACAAAAUGCUGAAAAUCUUGAAGAAAUUUUAUCAGAAAGUUUUCUAUCGUCCAGCUCUCAAAGAGAAGAUUUAUUUCAAAUAAAAGCUGGGAAGUUAUUAGAUUAUAAAGAAAAUGCCCCAGUUCCUCCUCAGCAUUAUAGACGAGGAUCGCAUCAAAGAAAAAGAAGCAUUUGUACAGUUGAAGAAAUAUCUGCUGAGCAAUUAAUCCAAGAAGUUUCUUUGCAAUCCAGAAUAAAAGAUUUUAAUAUUUCAACUAGAAAUACAAGCAAAGCACCAAGUGAAGAAGGAGGCAGUAAUGCAGGAAGUAGGAAUCAAAGCCCAAAAUGCCAUAUAAGGCAUGCCAGUGAUGCAGAUUCUGUUAUAUAUAUAGGGUUUGGUGAUGAUUUAACGAAUUCCAAAAUUUUUGGAAACCAAAAAGAGGCUAGAAAAUCAAAUAAAUGUGAAAUGGGUGAAGAAACGUGAAUAAAUAAAAGUGCUGAAAAGGCACUAAAAAAUGAUGAAAAGCAAAUAAACUCUAUUAGAAAUUCAAGGCAAUCAUAUGAGAGAAAUCCUUUACCUGUUCUAGGAAAUAUGCCCAGUUCUGUGUAUUGUGAUUUUUGUAAGAUGUACGUACACACCAAAAUAGAAUUUUUAAGCAAAAAAGUGCCAGGAAGAGUUUUAAAAAUAUUCUCAUCAUUUUUUGCAUGCUGCCAAAUACCAGUGUGACUGAGUAAAUUAAGAGUUCAUAGAUGUCCACACUGUGCAUUAGUUCUUGCAAAAAGUAGGUAA